AUUCACGCCUACAGCCUACUCGCUGUGGGCGUUUCGGAAUUGGGCUCCAGGUAGGCGUCAAGUAUGAAACAAAUAUUUAAAAAAAUACACACACACAAAUUAAAAAAAUUAGUCUGUCCGAGUUUCUGCUUCCGAUGUGCACGAACAGCCGAAUUUGAAAUGUUCUUUAGCUUAUCAAAGCACUAUUUUUUAAAAAAAAUUCUGUUUUUGCCAUCAGCUGCCUUCUUGAUAUAUAUAUAUAUUUUUUUUUUUUUUUUUGCUGUUUCACACUUGCGUCAUACUGCUGUGGCACGGCGUAAACAGAGAUAAGCGCCUCUGGACGCCAGAUCACAAGGAGAAGAUAUUCGGACAGAGAUCCAGUGCCGCCCGCACUUCACGAGCGAACAGCUGGCUGGGAAGCCCUGCAGGUAGAAGCAGCAGCCCAGGAGGAAGAUGCCCAGCUGGAAGAGACCCGACUCAGUGCCGCACCCCAAGGUGUGGCGUCGAGCGGUCGGCAGGAAGCCGGUGGAUGGCAAGGUGCCGUCCUUCGUCAUCCAGGACGUUCCCGAGGACCGCGAGGAGGAGCUAGUGGACUUCAUGGAGGAGCAUUUCAUGCAUAAUGAGCCUCUCUGCAAGUGCCUCAACAUAAACAGUGACUCGCCGAGCGUGAAGGAUAAGCGCGGCCUCUGGGAGGAGAUGCUGGCCCAGAGGAUAGCCGUCGUCGCCUUCCUCGAGGACGACGGACCCCGGCCCAGGAUCGCGGGCGCCAACAUGCUGGGCGUCGUCACCCGAGCCGAGAAGAGCGUGAAACACGAGCAUCAAGGGGCUGUCAUUAAGAAGAUCAUAAAUCUUCUGGACUACUUGGACUCCCUGGCAGACCCUUUCAAGAAGUACGGAGUGGAGGAGUACAUCACGGCUAUGGGACUGUCGGUGGCCAAGGAGUUCCAAGGCCAAGGGCUGGGCAAGGAGCUUCUGAAGGCCAGGUUCGACGUGGGCCGGGCCGUGGGGGUGAAGCUGACGGUGACUGCAUUCAUCGCCAUAGAGUCUCAGGUGCUGGCCACCAGGGAGGGCUUCGAGCAGUUGGCGCGCAUCGACUACAAGGACUACAAGGUGGACGGCAAAGAGGUGUUCCCGGGAAUAACCAGCAAGUGUGCCAUUCUCAUGGCUAAGAGGAUAGAAUGAACAGCCACCUUGGGGCUAGGGUUGUGAGGCAAGCCAAUAUGUCAAAAUAAACCAUGACAUGCUAGGUUUUUUGAACGGUUGAUAUUAUUCCAAAGGGCGAUUCAGCGAGCGAAAGGCUACAGCUUGAAACCGAUACGUCGAGAUGGACAUUUCGAGCGAUAUCUCGAUAUCAACAUAUCAAGGAAGACUUGUGGAUACCGAUAAAAAUUGGGUCAAGACUUACAUGUUAAAGUGUAAUAUAUUAUUCGGUUGUCAUAUAAAUUUUGAAAAUUAUAUUUUAAACUUAUUAAUUAUUUACACCAAAUGUUUUAAUGUCCUGCAAAUGUUUCUGAAUAUUUCAAAGGGUUUACUUUGAAAUUAACUUAAACAUUAAUAAAAAUGAAUGUCAUGAAGUCUAAAAUAUAAAUGACGAAAUGUCAAGUUCUACAUGUAGAGAUCAAUACUUCGAGCCCUAUAGCUAGAGUAAUAUACGUUAAUGGUAAAUGUUGAGAUCGAUUUCUCUUGGUAUAAGUUUAUUUUUUCAAACUAUUCCUAAUUAAUCCAAACCUAAAAGUGUAACUUUUAUUACAUGUUUAAUAUGUUACUGUAUAGAGUAAACUCAACUAUAUUAAAAAAAAUAUUUGUGAAAAAGUAUUUAACUACAUAAGUUUAUUCAGCACUAAUAAAUAGAGGUGAUCUGUGUCUA